UAGCUUCGCCCUGCGCGGGGAGGCGGAGGCGACCUGGGGGCUGAGGAAACAUGGCCGAGUAUUUGCGGCUGCAGAACUCACUGGCGCUGAUUUGCCUCCGAAAUCCGCCGGUCAACGCAAUCAGUGUGGCUGUCUUAAGUGGACUAAAAGAAGGGCUACAGAAAGCUAGAACAGACCCUGCAGUAAAAGCCAUUGUGAUUUAUGGAACAAAUGGCAACUUCUCUGCAGGUGCUGAUAUCCGUGGUUUCAGUGCUACCAUUAAUUCUAGGCUUUCACUGGGGUGUGUAGUAGAUGAAAUGCAGAGAAGCAAGAAGCCCAUGGUAGCAGCUAUCCAAGGCGUGGCUUUAGGAGGCGGACUGGAGCUGGCCCUGGGUUGUCACUAUAGGAUUGCCCAUGCUGAGGCUCAAGUCGGCUUACCAGAAGUCAAAUUAGGACUUCUUCCUGGUGCAAGAGGAACCCAGCUUCUUCCCAGGCUCAUUGGAGUUCCUGCUGCACUUGAUUUAAUUACCUCAGGAAAACAUAUUUUGGCAGAUGAAGCACUCAAGCUGGGUAUUCUAGAUAAAAUUGUCAACUCAGACCCAGUUGAAGAAGCAAUCAAUUUUGCCCAGAGAGUUUUAGAUCAGCCCCUAGAAUCCCGUAGACUCUUCAUCAAGCCAGUUCAGAGCUUGCCCAACAUGGACGCUAUUUUCAGUGAAGCCCUUCUGAAGAUGCGGAAGCAGCAUCCUGGGUGCCUUUCUCAGGAGGCUUGUGUCCGCGCAGUCCAGGCUGCUGUACAGUAUCCCUAUGAGGUGGGCGCCAAGAAGGAGGAGGAGCUGUUCAUGUACCUUCGGCAAUCAGGGCAGGCCAGAGCCCUGCAGUAUGCUUUCUUUGCUGAAAGGAAUGCAAAUAGGUGGUCAGUUCCCUCCGGAGCAUCCUGGAAAACAGCGUCGGCACGCCCCAUCUCCUCAGUGGGCGUUCUUGGCUUGGGAACAAUGGGUCGAGGCAUUGUCAUUUCUCUUGCAAAGGCCAAGAUUCCUGUGAUUGCUGUAGAAUCAGACAAGAAGCAGCUAGAAACUGCAAACAGGGUUAUAACCUCCCUCUUGGAAAAGGAAGGAUCCAAAAUGCAACAAAGCAGCCACCCUUGGUCAGGACCAAAACCCAGAUUAACAACAUGUAUGAAGGAGCUUAGUGGUGUAGAUUUAGUCAUUGAAGCAGUGUUUGAGGAAAUGAACCUAAAGAAGCAGGUCUUUGCUGAACUGUCAGCCGUGUGCAAGCCAGAAGCGUUUUUGUGUACGAAUACGUCAGCCCUGGACAUUGAUGAGAUUGCUUCUUCCACUGAUCGGCCUCACUUGGUCAUUGGCACCCAUUUCUUCUCACCAGCUCAUGUCAUGAAGUUGUUAGAGGUUAUUCCCAGCCGAUACUCUUCCCCCACUACUAUUGCCACUGUUAUGAACUUAUCAAAAAAGAUUAAAAAAUUUGGCGUAGUUGUAGGCAACUGUUUUGGGUUUGUUGGGAAUCGAAUGUUGUUUCCUUAUUACAGUCAGGCGCAUUUCUUGUUAGAAGAUGGCAGUACACCAGAGGAGAUAGAUGAGGUGCUGGAAGACUUUGGUUUCAAAAUGGGACCUUUUAGAGUGUCUGAUCUUGCUGGGUUAGAUGUGGGUUGGAGAUCUCGAAAGGGGCGAGGUCUUACUGGACCUACGUUGCCUCCAGGGACUCCUGCCCGAAAGCGAGGCAACAGGAGAUAUUGCCCAAUUCCUGAUAUGCUCUGUGAAGCAGGACGAUUUGGCCAGAAGACAGGUAAGGGUUGGUACCAAUAUGACAAGCCAUUAGGUAGGAUUCACAAACCUGAUCCCUGGAUUUCCAAAUUUCUGUCACAGUACAGAGAAACCCAUCGCAUUCAACCACGUGUCAUUAGCAAGGAAGAGAUCCUCGAGCGCUGCUUAUAUUCACUCAUCAAUGAAGCGUUUCGUAUCUUGGAAGAUGGGAUAGCUGCUAGCCCAGACCACAUUGAUGUUGUGUAUUUACAUGGGUAUGGAUGGCCAAGGCACAAGGGUGGGCCCAUGUUCUAUGCUUCCACAGUUGGUUUGCCCACAGUGCUAGAGAAGUUGCAGAAAUAUUAUAGGCAGGAUCCUGAUAUUCCCCAACUAGAGCCUUGUAACUAUCUGAAAAAGUUGGCUUCCCAAGGAAAUCCUCCUCUAAGAGAAUGGCAGAGCUUGGCAGGACCCCCCAGCAGUAAAUUGUGAUUCUGCCUUUCAGGUUAUGACUCACAUGCUGGCAGCAGGUAGUGCUCACUGAAUUUCAUUGAAAUUAAAUCUAAAGGUCCAAAGUAAGGUUGCUGCAGACAGAAAGAGACUUGCUUGGGGUGAUGGGUGCACAAAGCAGUGUGCAGAUGAUGUUUUAUUGAGCUGUAAACUUGAAACCUAUAUAGUUUUUGGACCAAUGUCACCCCAAAAAAUUCAAUUAAAAAAAGAUUGCUUUGAAAUACAAAGCUAAAGAAAUAAUCAGCUAAACUACCUCUUUGGGUCUUCUGUCUGUUGAUUCUAAUGGGUCAAAUAUUCAGUAAUGUGCUUCCUAUUGCCUUUGAAUCUGUCCUUAUCAGGUAAACUAUUUCAAUCCCAAUGAAUAAACUCAUGUUAAUACUUUAAUAGCUAAGAAGAGAGCCUCAGGAAUAAGUUGAGGUUCCCAAAUGCUUUUAUCAUUGGAGAAAUAUAUAAUUAAUUAAUAACUGAUAAAAGCUACUAAGUUAUAAAUUAAUUCUGACCCCCUUUAGCCUCACACACAUAGCACUGAUGGGAAAUCUCACGGAUCCUUCAUUCAACAAACAUUCUUUGUGCCUCCCCUGAGCACCUUGCACAGACUUUGGCAGACCUAAAGUUCAGAUGGGCAUUAUUCCAGCAUGGAUGCCUGUGAUCAAGUUCAGUCCAUAGUCUCAGAGGUGGAAUGGAGAGAGUUGGCAGGGUAGAGUAAGCAGUGAGGUCUCUGUGAGUGAGCAGGAAAAGCUGCCCGAGAGGCAGUAUGCAGAUGCUGAAGUAUCAAAGCCAAAGCAAAGUUGAAGUUGUAGACAAGACACAGUUGGGAAGUACUCUAGACCAGAAUGGGGAACUCUGAGUAGCUUGGCAAGUCAUGCUCAGUAUGUCACUUCUGUCCCGGGCCCCAUCACGCACGUGCACAGUUGUGCUUGCUGCUUGCAAGGGGCUUAGUAAUAUUUGUGGAUAAUUUCCUCGAGAUCAGGGCAUGUCCUGGUCUUUCUUUACUCUUCUAUUCAUUGAGACAUAAUAGAUAGUAGUAAGUUGUUGGCUUAGUGUAAGAAGGGAUGUCAGAGAACACCUACCCUCCUCUGAAUCUGUGUUCGAUUUAGAUUCUGUAGUGAUGCCAGUUUUCCUGUUGUGAUAAGCCUUUGUGAUGUUGGGUAUGAAAAUGAUUGAGUCUUGAAAAAUCUAAAAUUGUUCCAAAAUAUUUUGUAUAAUUUUGUUAUAAGACUUCUCUUUUAAUGCUUUGUGUGGUUAAAUCUUGAGGGGUUGGUCAAUGCAAAAAACUGGUAAAGAAAUGUUUACAGCAGAAUUAUUCAUAAUAGCCCAAAAUUGGAAACAUACUAAAUGUCCAUCACUGACAGAUGGAUAAACAAAUUGUGGAAUAGCCAUACAAUAGGUUAUUUGGCCAUAAAAAGAGAUGAAGUACUGAUACAGGCUGUACCCUAAUGGACCUUAAAAAUAUUUUGCUAAGUGAAAGAACCUAGUCACAAAAGGCCACAAAUUAUAUGAACAUUUAUAUGAAAUGUUCAGAAUAGGCAAAUCUAUAGAAACAGAAAGCAGAUUAGAGGUUGCCUAAGGCUGGAAUGAUUGGGGGUGUGGAAUGGGGAGUGACUGCAAAUGGGUACAGGGUUUCUUUUUGGAUUAAUGGAAAUGUUCUGAAAUUAUGAUGGUUACAUAACGGUGAAUCUACUGAAGAAUACAUUGAGCUUCAAUGGGUUAAUUAUAUGGUAUGUAAUUAUGACUCAAUAAAGUUUUGAAUAAAUAAAUAAAUAA